AUGAAUUUAAAUUUCUUGCUCGUCUUUUUGUCUUCUUCAAUUUUCAUCAACUUUUCAGUUGGUCUUUCAACAAAUGAGUUAAGAGAAUGGGAAAAGUUUAAAGUGAAAUUUGAAAAAAAUUACGAACAUUCCGAAGAAGAUGAAAUCAGAUCAUCAUUAUGGAAGAAAAACAUAGAAGUCGUUAAUGGACAUAACAGAAAAUUCAUGCUUGGAAAAGUUUCAUAUGAAAUGGGAAUCAAUAAAUUCUCAGAUAUGUCAGAAGAUGAGCUCAAGCUCUACACGAAUUUAAAAAUCGAAAAGAAAAACGCAAAAUUUGAAAGAAAAGUGACAUUUGAACCCACAUCGAAAGUGGCUGCUGAACUUGACUGGCGUUCGAGAGGGGUUGUGACUGAUGUUAAAGAUCAGGGCCAAUGUGGUUCAUGUUAUGCGUUCAGUGUUACAGGAGCUGUAGAAGGUCAACACGCAAUUGCGACUGGUAAACUCAUAUCGCUCUCUGAGCAACAAAUUGUCGAUUGCACAAGUCGAUAUUACAACUACGGCUGUGGAGGUGGGUACAUGCCAUACACUUACAACUACAUAAGAGAUACUGGUGGACUCGACACUGGAAAUUCGUAUCCGUAUCGUGGUGUACAACAAAGUUGCAGAUUUAAUAGAAAUUCAAUCGGUGCGAAAGUUCAAAGUCAUGAUGAACUUUAUCCAACUGAAGACACUUUACUGAAAACUGUUGCAUCAGUGGGUCCGGUUUCUGUCGCUAUACAUGUACAAGGUUCAUUCUAUAACCAUAGAAGUGGAGUUUAUGACGAUUAUUCAUGUCAAGCUGUAAAUUUAAACCAUGCAGUUCUUGUCGUUGGAUACGGAACUGAAAAUGGAAAAGAUUAUUGGUUGGUUAAGAACAGCUGGGGCAAAGGUUGGGGCGAACAAGGAUACAUAAAAAUGGUUCGGAAUAAAUACAAUCAAUGCGGAAUUGCGAGCUAUGCUAGUGUUCCUAGAGGUGUCAGUGACAGUAAUAAAAACUGGGUAAGGCAUGUCAAUGAAUCAGCGACGGAAAUGUUUGGAGGAAUCUUUUGGAACAUUAGAAUGAGUCAAAACAACAUUGAUGUUUAA